GGCUGCCUCAAACCACCCAGGACGGCUCCACAGGCCCAGGCAUGGAACCCGAGACCACGGCCACUACCAUUCUUGCUUCUGUGAAAGAACAGGUAUUUACAUCCCUGAGUACAUUGGGGUGACUGAAAUGUAGAGCUCUUCAAAGUGCAAGUCAGAAUUUGAACAUGCAGGAUACUUAUGCAUCUGCAAGAGCUCCAGUUUCAACGACUCACCAGAGAGCUGGAAGUGGAAAGGCAGAUUGUUGCCAGUCAGCUAGAAAGAUGUAGGCUUGGAGCAGAGUCCCCGAGCAUUGCCAGCACAAGCUCAACUGAGAAGUCGUUUCCUUGGAGAUCAGCAGAUGUGCCAAACACUGGUGUGAGCAAAUCCAGAGUUUCUGACACUGUCCAUCCCAAUACCUAUCUCAUCAGGACGGAAGCAGAACAAGGGACCCUGUAUUCACCGGACCAGACAUCUCUCCAUGAAAGUGAGGGAUCAUUGGGCAAUUCAAGAAGUUCGACACAGAUGAAUUCUUACUCCGACAGUGGAUACCAGGAAGCAAGCAGUUUCCACAACACCCAGACCUUGGGCAAGUUGGAUAACAGACAGCAGCCUACAUUUGCCGGGUCUAAUAAUAACCAUUUGGUGAGAAAUUCAAGAGCCGAAGGACAAACCUUAGUUCAGCCACCUGCGAAUAUCACCACCACCCGGGCCAUGAGACGAGUUAGUUCCGUUCCCUCCAGAGCUCAAUCUCCUUCCUACGUUAUUAGCACGGGGGUUUCUCCUUCAAGGGGAUCCCUGAGAACUUCUCUGGGCAGCGGAUAUGGCUCCCCCUCUGUAGCUGACUCACGGCCAUUGAAUUCCAACGUGUAUUCAUCCACCACCUUACCCGUGCAGCGAGCGGCUUCUCCGUACGCUUCCCAGAGACCCGCUUCGCCGACCGGGGUGCGGCGGAUGGGCUCGGUCUCUUCGAGGCCGGCGGGGAACCCCAACGGAACAGCCUCGCAAUACCAGGCGGCGGUCCGGGUGGGCUCACCGCUCACACUCAUGGAUUCGCAGACGCGAGUAGCAUCUCCUUCCCAAGCCCAGGUGGGAUCGUCUUCCCCCAAGCGCUCCGGAAUGACUGCCGUUCCGCAGCAUCUGGGAACAUCGUUGCAAAGGACUAUUCACGACAUCGAGCAGUUCGGGCAGCCACAGUACGAAAUUUAUGAGAGAAUGGUUCCACCUCGUCCUGAUAGCCUUACAGGCUUGAGAUCAUCAUAUGCCAGUCAGCACAGUCAGCUUGGACAAGAACUGCGCUCAACCAUCUCUCCAGAUCUGCAUAUUACCCCCAUAUAUGAAGGGAGAACAUAUUAUAGUCCUGUGUACCGCAGCCCAAAUCACGGUACAGUUGAACUCCAAGGAUCGCAAACAGCGUUAUAUCGUACUGGGUCAGGAGUUGGAAAUCUGCAGCGGACAUCUAGCCAACGAAGUACUCUUACAUACCAAAGAAACAAUUAUGCCCUGAACACAACAGCUACCUAUGCGGAGCCCUACAGGCCAGUACAGUAUCGAAUGCCAGAGUCCAAUUAUGGCAGGCUGCAGCAUGCAACACCGGCUGAUGAUGGCACAACAAGAUCACCGUCUAUCGAUAGCAUCCAAAAGGACCCUAGAGAGUUCGCCUGGCGUGACCCAGAACUGCCUGAGGUGAUUCAUAUGCUCCAGCAUCAGUUCCCAUCAGUUCAAGCAAAUGCGGCAGCCUAUUUACAGCACCUGUGCUUUGGGGAUAACAAAGUCAAAACCGAGGUAUGUAGAUUAGGAGGAAUCAAGCAUCUGGUUGACCUUUUGGAUCACAGGAUUUUGGAAGUUCAGAAGAAUGCUUGUGGUGCACUGCGAAACCUUGUUUAUGGAAAAUCUACUGAUGAAAAUAAAAUAGCAAUGAAGAACGUUGGUGGGAUACCUGCCCUGUUAAGAUUAUUGAGAAAAUCUAUUGAUGCAGAGAUAAGAGAGCUUGUAACUGGGGUCCUUUGGAACUUGUCUUCAUGUGAUGCAGUCAAGAUGACAAUCAUUCGAGAUGCUUUAUCGACUCUAACAAACACUGUGAUCGUUCCACAUUCUGGGUGGAAUAAUUCUUCCUUUGAUGAUGAUCAUAAAAUUAAAUUUCAGACUUCAUUAGUUCUGCGAAACACUACAGGUUGCCUGAGGAAUCUCAGCUCUGCAGGAGAAGAAGCACGGAAACAGAUGAGGUGUUGUGAUGGGCUUGUUGACUCUUUAUUGUACGUGAUCCAUACGUGUGUGAACACAUCUGAUUAUGACAGCAAGACCGUGGAGAACUGUGUGUGUACAUUGAGGAAUCUAUCCUAUCGGUUAGAACUUGAGGUUCCUCAAGCCCGGAUGCUGGGAAUCAAUGAACUAGACGACUUAUUAGGGAAAGAAUCGCCCAGCAAGGACUCGGAGCCAAGCUGCUGGGGGAAAAAGAAGAAGAAGAAAAAGAGGACUCCGCAGGAAGAUCAAUGGGAUGGUGUUGGCCCUAUACCUGGUUUUUCCAAGUCUCCUAAAGGUGUUGAAAUGCUGUGGCAUCCAUCCGUGGUAAAACCGUAUCUAACACUUCUAGCAGAAAGUUCCAACCCAGCAACCCUGGAAGGUUCUGCAGGAUCUCUCCAGAAUCUCUCUGCAGGCAACUGGAAGUUCGCAGCGUACAUCCGAGCAGCCGUCCGCAAAGAAAAAGGCCUACCCAUCCUCGUGGAACUGCUGAGAAUGGACAAUGACAGAGUUGUUUCUUCUGUAGCCACUGCCUUGAGGAAUAUGGCCUUGGAUGUCCGGAAUAAAGAACUCAUAGGAAAGUAUGCUAUGCGCGACCUGGUAAAUCGACUCCCGGGGGGCAGCGGUCCCAGCAUUCUGUCGGAUGAGACCAUGGCUGCAAUCUGCUGUGCUUUGCACGAGGUCACCAGUAAGAACAUGGAGAACGCCAAGGCUCUGGCUGACACGGGAGGGAUAGAAAAGUUAGUGUCCAUAACCAAGGGAAGAGGAGACAGAUCGUCGCUGAAGGUGGUGAAAGCAGCAGCCCAAGUGUUGAAUACCUUAUGGCAAUACCGGGACCUUCGGAGCAUUUACAAAAAGGAUGGAUGGAAUCAAAAUCAUUUUAUUACACCUGUUUCGACAUUAGAACGAGACCGAUUCAAAUCACAUCCUUCCUUGUCUACUACCAAUCAGCAAAUGUCCCCUAUCAUUCAGUCAGUUGGCAGCACCUCUUCAUCACCAGCCCUGUUAGGAAUUAGAGAACCUCGUUCUGAGUAUGAUAGGACACAGCCAUCUAUGCAGUAUUACAAUAGCCAAGGUGAUGUCAUGCAUAAAGACUUAUAUACUGGCUCCAGCAAACCUUCACCAAUUUACAUCAGUUCCUAUUCCUCACCAGCAAGAGAACAAAAUAGACGGCUACAGCAUCCACAGCUGUAUUAUAGUCAAGAUGACUCCAACAGAAAGAACUAUGAUGCAUACAGAUUGUAUUUGCAGUCUCCUCAUAGCUAUGAAGAUCCCUAUUUUGACGAUCGAGUUCACUUUCCAGCUUCUACAGAUUACACAACCCAGUACGGACUGAAAUCGACCACAAACUAUGUAGACUUUUAUUCCACUAGACGACCUUAUAGAGCAGAACAGUAUCCAGGGUCACCAGACUCUUGGGUGUAGCAUCAAGAUGCUCAGUAGUGGACCUCUUUCUUUCUAAGCUUGUUUGCCAUGAGAUGGAAAGGUCCACUGGAUGGUUGGAUGGUGCGAUGUGAAAGUGAAAUAGAAGGAACCAGGGGAAGAGUUUAUUUUUUUCAAGGAAUUAUCAGGAAAGCGAAGAAACCUUCGGAAGGGUUUUUAGCUCUGUUUAGGUGUUAGAUCUAAUUACUUGUAGUUCCUGUAGUUUGGUGAGGGUGCGGGCGAUGUGAUGAAAGGAUUGAGAAAUGAGUAAAAUGAAUUUGGGGAAUAUAUAGGUCAAAUUUCCAAUUUAAAAUGAUUUUUUUAUGUGAAUAAAGUCAUGUUCUGAUAGUUUGUAAAUAAAAUGGAUGCUCCUCUUGUUUUAUCGCUACUACUAAAUGUCGAGAUUGUAUGCUAUCAUGUCUUGUAAAUUUCUUUUGUGCGUGUAAAUAUGGAAAUGCCACAUUGGUUAAAAGUGCCAUCAUUUGUAAUGCAGUGUGUCAUUUAAAAACAGAUUUGGAAAGCUGACAACCUAAAAAAAGAGAGACAGGCAGAAAACCCAAGGAAUUGUUACAAUAAAAAAGUCAUCCCCCCCACACACACUUUUUUUUUUUUUUUGGUUUUUAAAAUGAAUAGUGACAUUUUGAAGCACAAAGUCCAGUCCCGCAUAGCAGCACCGUAGCCAUUCCCUGCCUCCUUUCCAGGACACUUCACUGCCAUUUUCUAUGCACAUGGAAGAAAAAUAAAUGUGGACAUUUCAUCCCUGAACAGUUGUUCCCUGCUCAUUUUUUUUUUAUUUUCUGUCUGUAAUUCGGAGAAACGUAUAUAAUAAACGUGAAAGCAAAUUGCA